AUGAAGUUCUGCCACGCUGCCCUGCUUGCUUGCGUCUCCAGUGUCUUGGCUGCACCCACCACGGCCAACAUCCCGGCUACAAAUGAGAAGACGAUUUCUGGCACGGCUGCAGAGAACCUGGAUAUCCCGACGAUACUCCAAGGUAUCUUCGGGCCAGGAGGAAUCGGGCCCAAGAACGGAACGAAACCCGGCAUUCCUUCCAAGCCAGGUCCAAAGGGCGGUCUUCUUGACAGCCUCGGUAUCAACAUCCCUGAUAUUCUGAAGGAGAUUGCGGAGCUGCAGAAAUCAGGUGCUCUUCAAGGACUCACUGGUGUUGUCGGUGGUGCUGUACCGGGUGCACAGGGAGCGACUGGUGCGGUUACUGGUGCUCUCAACGGAGUUGCUGGUGGUGUCAAGCCUCCGGCUGUGUAG